AUGGAACACGAACUGCGCCUUUCGGUACCUAAAACAAAGGCAACGAGAUGUGUUGGUGAUAGAAUUGUAGGAGGAUUCAACUUCUUAGAGUCCUCUCCUCCUAGGGUUAGGUGUUUGAGUUUUGUUGAAAGUGUUCUACUUGAGUUUGGAUCUGAGGAGUAUGAAGAGUUGGUUGGCCCCACCUUGAAAGCCGACCUUGUGAGGGUUUUGGGGAACAUGUAUGCUCGGGUGGUACCUGUGAGUAGGCAUCAUCAGCAUGGAAGAUGGCAAGCGAGAAUUGGAAGAGUAGCUGGAAACAAAGAUCUUUACUUGGGAACUUUCAGUACUGAGGAGGAAGCUGCAGAAGCAUACGACAUUGCUGCAAUAAAGUUCAGAGGCCUUAACGCAGUUACAAACUUUGAAAUGAAUCGUUAUGACGUGAAAUCCAUUCUAGAAAGCAACAGUCUUCCAAUUGGAGGGGGUGCUGCGAAACGCCUCAAGGAAGCUCAAGCAAUCGAAUCUUCAAGAAAGCGCGAAGAAAUGAUAACUUUAGGCUCAAAUAUUCAGUAUGGAAGCUCAAGCUCAGGCCCUCUGCAGGCUAAUUACCCACUAAUUCAGCAGCCAUUUGAAAAUGCACAGCCUUUACUAACUUUACAAAACCAGGAUUUAUCCCUGUACAAUCAAGAAUCUCAGUACCAAAGCUAUAUCCAAACGCAACUCCAAUUACACCAGCAAUCGAAUUCUUCUUUUAAUAUGCACCAGAAUAAUCCCUUCUACAGCCAUUAUUUUCAAAAUAAUCCAGUUUUACUCCACGGGUUGAUGAACGUGGGAUCGUCGUCUUUCGUUAUAGACAACAAUGGAAGAUCAAGUACUGGAAGUUACAGUGGAGGAUACAUUGGAAAUGGGAUUGAAAUGAACUCCAUUUCUGCAGGAGGGGGUUCAGCUGAAGAACUUGCACUGGUUAAAGUUGAUUAUGAUAUGCCUUCUGCUACUACUUACACUGGAUGGUCAGGAGAUUCUGCGGGUCAAGAUUCAAAUCCAUCUGUUUUUACAAUGUGGAAUGAUGGAUAAUUUUUCGUUGAGAUUAAGAUUUCCAACUGUUUGUGGGAUCAAAGGCACUAUGCUAGGAGCAACUAAUUACUUACGGUUUUAUAUGUUUUUUUCUUGCUGGACACAUUAAAAAAAUCAUUGCUCUAUCUAAUGAAAAUGGUUCUUGUUUUUUUGUUUUA